AUGCAGGAGCCAACAGGAAUAGAGACGAACCCCACUUGCUGUCUGUUCAAACACUACAUGCGUGUUACAAAGGAAGGAGGACUAGCCGUUACUGCCCUCCUUGCAGUUGUUUUCUUCCUAUGGAGACUUGAUUUUGGCUGGCCGCUGAUUUCGCUUUGGAAUCCCCUUCGCACACUGACAUUCUACGUGCCUACUCCGACAGAGCGUGAGCCGGCAAACUUCGAUGCGCUUCUGAGACAGGCGCGCUCAAUUGUCACUGAGUUGUGGAGACUGAAUACUGCCCAGUUUCCAACCACCCCCCAAAAGUCCCCCGCUGUGGGACAGCUCAGCGCUCUCCUGUCUCAGGCGACCCAGCAGCUCGCUGGAAGACUGUCCCUCCUUGACAAGCUCAGUGGUCGCCGUCAGGCAAGACAACGACGACUGGAUGUGCUGGGGUCAGAACUGCAGCAGGAAAUUUCCAGGCUACAGAAUCCUCCAGACUGUAGUCCAUCUCAUGUCUCCCUGGAGUACGGUCGAUACAACUGUGGAUUCGGGUGUACAGCGCAUCACAUAGCUUACAGACUGGCAAUGGCCUUCGCCACAAAUCGCACACUGAUGCUAGAGCACGAUUACGGGAACGACUUUUUCCUGCCGUUGUCCAACUGUUCGAGGGCGCAGAUCGAGUCGGCAAAGUCAGAUGGAUACCAGUACUGUCCAACAGAUCCCAAGGAGUGGACAAGAAGACUGAGUGAAGUACAAGGAAACCCUACAGCCUGGUAUCGGGGACAUCUCCUGGUCUACAUUCUCCGUCCAAGAGAUCCCGUCCUGCGACGUAGGCUGGAAACGGAGGUACGAACUUUACGGACAGGCGCAGGUGGUGGCGCUUAUGAUGGACCAAUUGCCAGCAUACAUGUUCGUCGAACCGAUAAGCUCUACGAGGAGGCAGCCUUCCAUCCGCUGGAUGAAUACAUGCAACAUGUGCAACGUUUCUUUGACGUAAAGGAGGUGGAAUACAGUUUGGAAACUGGCAGCUCGAGUCCGCCCCCCUGGUCUCAACAGAGGCGAGUCUUUCUGGCGUCAGAUGAUGCAUCGGUUUUCGAGGAGGCCAGGUCGGGCUACGCCAGAUAUGAGUUUAUCGGUCGCCCCAGAAAAGGCAGUCAAUAUGAAAAUCGACGCUCUACGUUGGGUGUGUUUGCCAUCACUCUGGAUAUCUAUCUCUUGGCUGCCUCCGACUUUGUGGUCUGUACAGCGACCUCCAACAUUUGCAGGCUCGUGUACGAGCUCCUGUUGGCAAAGCCUCAGGUACACGGGGAUGCAACGUUCCAAGUUCAGUCUGUGGAUGAGAUGUACCAGCGGUACUUCACGCGAAGACGCUGGUGGAGAGCCAUUGCAGAUUUCAGGCAGGAGGGCGUCAAGUUGGGCGACGUUAUACCCAUCGCUUCCACACAGUGGGACGGCUUUGUGCGAACGGCUUGUACCAUACUCUCACCUCAGGAGACAAUUCUGCCUACUUAUCUCUUUCAGGAGAUUACUCAAACUGUGGAGUGA